AUGCGUUGGAUAGACGUUCAAGUCUCUCUGGAUUUCAGCUCUUGGCCCAUUAGAAAAUAUUUGAACCUUUAUAGUCACCAUGUAUUUCAUCUUUCUUUCUUUUUUUCGUUUAUGAGUUUUCCUUCCUUUCUUUCUUUUUUUUUCAUUUCUGAGUUUCCUUUCUUCUUUCUUUCUUUCGAUUCUAAGUUUUCCAUUCUUUCUUUCUUUCUUUCUUUCUUUCUCUUUCUGUUUUUCUUUUUUUCUUGCCCUUUAUUUAUUUGUACUUCACUUCUUUAUUUCCUUUUUUUUCAUCCUACCUUGUUUCCCUUUUUUGUAUUUGCUGCUCUUUUCCUUCUUUGCUGUGCGUUUCUUUUUGCCUAUUUUCUCCUGCUUUUCACACAUAUUUAUUCUUUCUUUCUUUCUUUCUUUCUUUCUUUCUUUCUUUCUUUCUUUUGUGUCCUGUACUGUAUUUGUUUUACUUCAUUUAUUUAUUUCCGCUAUUUCGUUUCCAUUUUCCAUUUCUUAUUUUUUGAAUUUGCUGCUCGUUUCCUUCUUUGUUAUACGUUUCUUUUUCUGUCUUUUUCUCUCAUUUAUUCACGGGAGAUUUUUCUUUCUUUUGUAACUAGAAUUUGUUGCUUCUUUUUCCUUCUUUCUUUCUUUCUUUGCUGUUUUAUUUUUUAUUCAUUGUUGUUUUUGCUUUUUCUCCUUUCUUUUUCCUUUUUUGUCACUUUGUGA